AUGGGGCCAUAUGGUGACCAGUAUCACUCGAUCGAAGAUGAUGACAUUUGCGAAACUUCGGACUCACGGUUGCACAAUGCUACUAUAUCGGGUUCCUCACAGAGAGACAGCACACUGAGGUUGUUGCCUGAGAGAACAAGCACCCUACCCGACCCAGAUGCACAUGAAGCAGUCGAAAACGACGCGAGUAGAAUACGGGACGAUGAGAACGCAACCGGCCAAGAAGACGGAACUGGCGGUGGAUUGCUGUCCGAUGUCGAGUCUCAGUUAGAAGACGCUUUUGAAACAGACUCCAGCUCCGAAUCGAAUGUCUCAGAUGCUGAAAGUGAGAUGGACAUGAAUGACGCCAGUGUUCCUUCCGAGUCGGAUCUCUACUUGGCAAAACGUUUCUUAGAAAGGGCCUGGGGGCGUUUGUGCGAUUGCCAAGGGGAAGAGGAGGAGGAGGAAGAAGAAGAAGAGGAAAAUGCCGACGAGGGUGCACGGCCCGGGCUCAGUCUAAAGGAAAUGGCUGACUACUGGCGGAACCUUGCGGUACCAGAUGCAAUCGGCACUGCGUCACCUCAGGCUCAGACAGACGAAAACGAACAGGUUCAGCUGGAUUGGUCUCCGAUACUAAGUGGUGGAGACAGUCGCCCAAACUUGAACAUCCAAAGGUCUCAAAAAAUUACCCCCAGCAUCCAGCGUACUUGGGAUGUGGACAGCGUCAUCUCCUGGGCUUCGUGUCUAUCAAUCAACCGUGGGUUUUACGUCUCGUAUCAUCCGCCAACUUCAAGGAAUUUUGGAAGCAGCGUUCAUGUCUUCCACCAAGGAACAGCUUUGCAUCUUAUCCCUCACCUUCGACUGGGCAGCGGACGCCAAUCUCCUCAAUUUGGCGUAUAUGUUUUCUUCCCCGGAAUUUCCCACGCCUGUCGAACGACUACUUACCUUACUAAAGACGAACGGCGGAUGUGGAUCAACCAACUUCUUUUGCCCGCGAUUCGUCACAGUUGUCCACCUGAUGUGAUCCAGCAUCAUCCCCGUUCCUUCGAUGAUGUGGAGAGCAAAGCCUACAGUCGCCAACGGGAAACCUGCGGGGGGAUGGUUUCUAACAGAAUGGAUAUGCAUCAUUACCUUCCUCAAGAAUACCUGCAGGCGAUUUGGCACCGUAUGACUCAGAAUACUGAGCAACCCGAACUCGCCAUGUUUCGCGGAAUGUUCAUUGUACUCAGCGCGAAGAACAUCAAGCUGGAAGCAAAAUCUCCAACAUUUCAAGAAUGCCGUGCCAAGAUUACAACUCACCUUCAUCAAGUGUUGGAUUGGCCAAGAGCCGAUUUGUCCAAUACAUGGGUAGAUGUUGGCCUUGAAGACACUGCAGCUUCAGAGAAGUGCACAUUCUUGCACAAAAGUCGAUGUUUGGAGUCCUGGGUCCAUUCGAUGAGGUGUAGCGCCGACAAACCACUGAUAUCGUCGGAACAUUUCAACUGGAAUCUUACCGGCCAAGUAGGUAGCGCUAGGGUGGAGACUCGCCGAUCGCAUCCCCUGCGCAAGGGAGGCAUUGCUUAUGCUCAUCGUUACAACGUGAAUAAGGUCCUCUUUUCGACAGCCUCGAAGCGGGACGGUGGGUUGUUCGGUGAACCGAACCUAGAGGGGCUGACAUGUCCAUCUUCAUUACUCGACGCUUGGAUCGUGGCUGCUCGGCAGUAUCGCAACGCCGGGCUGGCGACCUCGCUCCAAUCUGCACCGAAACUCAAACGGCUUUGUAAAAUCCUUCUACAUCACACCCUCGCGGUCCACAUCGCCCAUUCUGGGUGUUGCCAACUGCUCAUGUGA